AAGAGCCUACGACUUUGAAGUGUAGACACCAUCAUUUGGAUCAACUCACAUUCAAAUACCUGCCAACGUCUAAAGAAGAAAAGGACUUCGGGAGCUGACAAUACCGCUCCACAAAGAACAUUGGCACAUAAAGGAGAAAGGCAAAAGGAGAUUUAAAGAGGUGAGAAUACAUUUAAUAUGUCUUCAUUUGAGACCCAGGGCCAGUCUCCACCUCGGUGUGGCCCGCAGUUCCCCAGCCUGGGUCAGGAGCCCCCUGAGCUCAGCAUGUACAGUGACUGUUACUACCCCCCUCCCUCACUGCCGAGUCCUCAGCGCACCGCUCCGACUUCCUACGACCUGAGCGACUACACCUCCACCCCAAACCCUUACCUUUGGUUCAACGGCACCGGGAUCAACACACCGCCGUACUUGGCUACAACGGGCCCACCUGGUAACCCAGGCCCCCCCUUUGUCCCCCAGCACUACGGCAUGCAGAGGCCCUACCUGGGUCCUGCUGGAGCUGGGGGCCCAGGAGGGGAGCUGAGCUGGUUCUCCCUCCCCUCACAAGAAGACCUGAUGAAGCUGGUCAGACCUCCCUACUCGUACUCCGCUCUCAUCGCCAUGGCUAUCCACGGAGCACCUGACAGGAGGCUGACAUUGAGCCAGAUUUAUCAGUACGUGGCUGACAAUUUCCCCUUCUACAAUAAAAGUAAAGCUGGAUGGCAGAAUUCAAUCCGACACAACCUGUCACUCAACGACUGCUUCAAAAAAGUACCAAGAGAUGAGGAUGACCCAGGCAAGGGCAACUACUGGACACUCGACCCAAACUGUGAGAAGAUGUUCGACAAUGGAAACUUCCGCCGCAAAAGGAAGAGGAAGUCUGAUUCCCUCUCCGGUGGAGAUGGCUCAGGGGCUCCGGAGUCAGGAGACAGCGAAAGGGGAAGCCCCAAACACUCAACUGCCCUCAACAUGUCUCCCACGGCAGACCGGAUCCCCUCCCCUUCAUCGUCGGGGCCCGCUCCUUGCCUCAGCAGCUUCUUAUCCGAGAUGUCUGGAGUGACAGUAGCUAAUGAGGUGGGGAGUAAUGGGUUAAGUCGGCCACUGCAGAUCAACCUAGAUGGGCCUCAUAGACCUGGAACCUUUAGCAACUAUUCACCCAACUCAGGCGGACAAGAGUGGGGACCCCAAGUAUCAGCUCCCACUGUGCUCUCCUCUUCACCCACCCACUCUUCCCUAGGCUACACCAGCCCCAUCCUCAGCCAGUACAGUGCGUCCAGUGGGCAUUUCUACCCAACACUUGGCUCGACAGGAAUCAUCUAUCAUCGUGAGGGCACCGAAGUUUAAUAAGACAUUAAAGGGGGGUUGGGGGGGGGGAGGGGUGUUUGGUUU